AUUAUAAUUGUGGGCUGUCAUCGAAUGUGUCUAAUUAAUGCAAGAAAGAAAAAAAAAUGAAAACUUUCAUGAUUGCUCAUCACCGGAAUUUUUUCAUAUUUGUUGUGAUUGCAUUUGUUUUUCUGUUUGCCGUAUAUCAUCAUCACCAAUCAUGGAUCAAGGACAAUGUUUUCCAAUUCAAAUGGAUAAUUCUUCAUCAUUGAUGACAAGUUAUGGAAAAAACUUUCACAGAUAUGAAUUUGUGAAUUUUAUUCGAGCUCAAGAUAUUGAUCGUGAAAAUAGAUGUUCAUCCGAAGGUUUUUUUCGUGAUCCAAAUGAUUGUGUAAAAUUUUAUCGUUGUACUCGUGAUGAAGGUGCAGAUUUUUUUCGUGUUUACGAAUUUGCUUGUGGUCCUGGAACAGUAUUUGAUCCAACUAUAAGUGUUUGUAAUCAUCCUGGUUCAUCACCACCAUGUGAGAAUAAUGGCCAACAACAACAACAACAACUGCCAGAAUAUAAUGCUGCCAAUCAACCACAACAACCUGAACAGUAUUCAUCACAACCACAACAACAAGUUCCAUCCACCUCCUCUGAUUCCUAUCCUAAUCAACAAACAUCACCGAAUAAUUAUUAUGAACAACCUAGUAUUAUUGCGGCUCCAUAUCCACAAUCUCAACCGUCCGAACAACAACAAUCGCCAAAUAAUGCAGGCUAUCCUUCAUCACAACAACCCGGAUCUACAUAUAAUCAACAGCCAAAUAAUUAUAAUCCAGAUGAAUGGUCAUCUGCUUACGGUCAGCCAUAUUCAUCCGACCAAUCGCCAACAAAUCAAUACCCUGAUCAUCGUGAUUACCUACCUGAACAAUUUGGUGAUCCACCAAGUCAACAAGAACAACAACAACCAGAAUCAGCACAACAACAACAACAACAACAACAACAACCAGAAUCACCAGCACCACAACAACAACUACCAGAUCAGCCCGAAGACGAUGUUGAACAACAAUUAACAAAUAUGGAUGAAGAUGAAAUUACACCCGAAGAUGAGGAUUGUAAUUGUAAACCAGUAUCAUCUGUGUUCCAAUGUAAACAAGAAGGUAGAUUUGCUGAUCGAAAGAAUUGUAAAAAUUUCUAUAGAUGUACCAAUGAUGGUGGUGGAUUCAUUGCCGAUCAAUUUGAAUGUGAUAUGGGUAGUGCAUUCGAUGAAGAUACGGGAAAAUGUGUUCCAGAAUCGCAAUCAAAAUGCAAAUCAGAUGCGGGUAAACCAUCACCAAAUGGAACAAAAUCAAAAUCGAAAACAUCACCACAAAAAGAAAGCAUUUCGGAAGAACCAGAACCAGUAGAAAAAUCAUCUGAUGAUCAAACAACUACUGCAGCAACAUCUGAUGAAACGGAAGCCACUACUACUCCAGCCAGUGUUGAUGAUGAUACUAAACCGACGGAACCAAGUGAAGAUUCCAGUGAAUCAACUGAAUCAAGUACAGAUUCAACUGAAUCAAUGGAUAAAACUGAACCUACAACCGAGUCAUCAACAAGUGAAACAAGUGAACAAACAGAUGCUACAACAGAAUCAAGUGAAAAAACUGAAUCUACAGAAGAGCCAUCAACCAAACCGACUACUGAAUCGGCUGAUAAAACUGAAUCAACAACCCCGUCUGCUGAUAAAAGUGACGAAACAACAACUCAACCAUCUACCGAUAAAACAGAGACAACAACCGAACCAAGUGAUAAAACUGAAUUAACUGAAGAAUCCACUGAAAAGACUGAAUCGACAACCAAACCCAGUGAAAUGAAUACGGAAACGACGGAACCAUCAAGUGAUGAAACUGAAGCCACAACCGAACCUUCGAGCGAUAAAACCGAAUCAACUGAAUCUAAUGAAACGGAAAGUACGACUACUCCAUCUUCAGAUGAUAAAUCAACCGAAUCUACAACCAUGGAACCAGAUGCUGAACAGCAAUCUACUCCAGAAUCAACAGAAAAAACAUCAGAUUUGAUGGAAUCACCUGAUGAACAAAAAUCUGAGCAAGCACCGGAUGAGGAGGAAGAAAAACCAGAAGAUCAAACGGAACAAGCACCAGAAUCUGAAGAAUCUCCACAAGAACCGCAGCAACCAGAACAAGAAGCUGCUCAAGAACAACAACAACCAGAAGAAAUGCCCGAAUCUGAGGACUCCCCUAUCGAACAAGAAUCACAAGAUGUUCCAGCUGAUGAACAAAUAGAACCAAGAGCUCAAGCACCAGCCACAAAAACACCGGCCAAUGACAAUGAUUUACAACAGCCUAUCGAACAAGAAUCGGAAACCAAUUAUCCAAAUGAACCACAAUAUCCACAAACAAGUAACGAUCCAUCAUACAUGGAUCGUGUUCAACAACAACAACCAAUCGAACAAUCAAUAACUGAUGAUAAUUCUCUUGGUGGAAAUAUAAAUCUACAAUAUAAUCAACCUGUUCAACAACAACAACAGCCAUUACCACAGGAAAAUGAAAAUUUCAAUGAAAAUGAUCCAUAUAGUGGUGGUGAGGCAGCAAAUCAAUUCUAUCCACAGCCACCAUCAUCUGAUGGAAUUCAGUGUACGAAAGAUGGAUUUUUCCGCCAUCCAAAUAAUUGUGCGGCAUUCUAUCGUUGUCAUGAAGGUACAAGAUUCGAUUUCCAAUGUGGACCGGGAACUUAUUUCGAUGAACGUUAUAGUGUUUGUAAUUGGCCUAAUCAAGCCUAUCCACCUUGUCCAAGUGAUGGUGGUCAAGGAGAUGCACCACCCACUGAUCAAGAUCAAUCACAACAAUUAGGUCAAUUUCCACCACAAUCCGAUCCGAAUCAAUAUUCUUCAGAUAGUCCUUUUCCAUAUCCACCACAAGAACCAACUCAACAACAAAAAGAAGAACAACCAUCACAAAAUGAUUAUCCAAAUCAAGCCGAACCAAUCGAACAACAGAAACAGGAAAUACAAAAUGAUUAUCCACCCCCAGAAAAUUAUGGUGGUCAACAACAACCUCAACAACAACAGCAGCCUGAACAAUUUCAACCAAUGAUACAACCACCUACCAAAAAUCCAUAUCCACAGGAACAACAACCUCAACAGCAACAGCAGCCUGAACAAUUUCAGCCAAUGAUGCAACCACCUACCAAAAAUCCAUAUCCACAGGAACAACAACAGCAACAGCAGCCUGAACAAUUUCAGCCAAUGAUUCAACCACCUACCAAAAAUCCAUAUCCACAGGAACAACAAUCUCAACCUCAAGAACAACAGUCACCACCACCACCACCACCACAGCAACCGAUAAAAAGUCCCAGUCAGCCACAACAACCUUCUCCAGUCAAAAGUCCGGCUAAAAGUCCUUCGCAACCAGUAAAAAGCCCAAAUCAAUCUCAAUCACCUGCUCCUGUUAAAAGUCCAAAACCAUCCCCUCUUAAAUCUGCUCCGUUGAAAGCAACACCCAAAGCUCAAGCUAAAUCGCCCACUAAAUCCCAAAAAAGAUCACCAGCUAAAUCGCCUGCAAAACCACAAGGUAAAACGCCUCCAAAGUCUCAAGCUCCUAAAAAAUCUCCCGUAAAAUCUGCCCCUUUGAAACAAGCACGACCACCAAAACCAAAGUCACCAGCUAAACAGCCGGCUAAACCGAAAAGCCCACCAAAAUCUCCCGCCAAAUCAGCGCCUAUAAAACAAUCUCCAAAACCAAAAUCACCAGCUAAAAGUCCCAAAAGUAGUCCAUUGAAACAGAAUCCGAAAAAGAAUUCUCCAUCUCCUAAGUCUCAACAAUCUAAACCACCACAAAAGCCAAAAUCUCAAGCAUCACCGCCAAAGGCAAAGCCUAAACCACAGCCAAAAUCACCGAUUUCCCCUGCCAAAAAAGCACGUUUACAAAAUGAGAAACCAAAAUCCGAACAACAAAUAUCUCAGCAACGUAAACGACAAGUAUCACCUUCCCGAGUUUUACCAUUAAAGCCAUUUGCAAAGCCAAAACCAAAUCAAUUGCGAAGACAGCCAAAACAAAUAAAUAAUCAACCAACAAUGUUCCAAUGUCCAACUGCCAAUGGAUUUUUCGCCGAUCCAAGUGAUUGUUCAAUGUUUUAUCGAUGCGCCGAUUAUCGACGAUUCCAUUUUGCCUGUCCUCAAGGCCUAUUUUAUGAUGCAUCAUUAGAAAGCUGUAAUUGGCCCAAUAAAAUUCAACCACCGUGUCGUAAUCGAUAAUCGACAAUAAUAAUAAGAUUUACCGAAACCAACAACUAUUCAGAUAGCAGAUAAUUUAUUACAUGAGAAAAUAAAAAUGAUUUAACAACUAAAAUUUUCAAAUUCAGAAAUCGUUCAAUAAUUUACACUUUUUUUGAAAACGAAAAAAAUAAAAAUAAAGUCCAUUUUUUCAAAAAAGA